AGCCAGCCACAGCCACUCUCAGUCACCCCUGGGCACUCCAGAAAGGCAUCAGGACUGUGCCCUCCAAGAAUCAUGCCCACCGUGGAUGAUGCCCUGGAGCACGCAGGUGAAUUUCACUUUUUCCAGAAGCAAAUGUUUGUCCUCUUGGCUCUGCUUUCCGCAGCCUUCACCCCCAUCUACGUGGGCAUCGUCUUCCUGGGCUUCACCCCUGACCACCGCUGCUGGAGCCCCGGGGUGGCCGAACUGAGCCAGCGCUGUGACUGGAGCCCUGCCGAGGAGCUGAACUACACGGUACCCGGCCUGGGGCCCACAGGUGAGGCCACCCAUGGCCAGUGCUGGCGCUAUGAGGUGGACUGGAACCAGAGUACCCUGGGCUGCGUGGACCCUCUGGCCGGCCUGGCCACCAACAGGAGCCGCCUGCCGCUGGGCCCCUGUGGGGACGGCUGGGUGUACGACACACCUGGCUCCUCCAUCGUCACUGAGUUUAAUCUGGUGUGUGCCAACUCCUGGCUGCUGGACCUGUUUCAGUCGUCAGUGAAUGUGGGAUUUUUUAUCGGCUCUGUGGGCAUCGGCUACAUAGCAGACAGGUUUGGCCGUAAGCUCUGCUUCUUGACCACAAUCCUCAUAAACGCUGCUUCUGGGGUUCUCAUGGCCGUUUCCCCAACCUACACAUGGAUGUUAAUUUUUCGCUUGAUCCAAGGACUGGUCAGCAAAGCAAGCUGGUUAAUAGGCUACAUCCUGAUUACAGAAUUUGUUGGGCCAAGCUAUCGUAGAAUGGUGGGGAUUUUUUACCAAGUUGCCUUUACCGUGGGACUCAUGGUGCUUGCUGGAGUGGCGUACGCACUUCCUCACUGGAGGUGGCUGCAGUUCACCGUUUCUCUACCCAACUUCUGUUUCUUACUCUAUUACUGGUGUAUACCUGAGUCUCCAAGGUGGCUGAUCUCCCAGAACAAGAACGCUAAAGCCAUGAGGAUCCUUAAGCACAUUGCAAAGAAAAAUGGGAAAUCUCUGCCUGCCUCUCUCCAGAGCCUGAGACAUGAGGAGGAAGCGGGAGAGAAGCUGAAUCCUUCAUUUCUUGACUUGAUCAGAACACCACAGAUAAGAAAACGCACUUUGAUCUUGAUGUACAUCUGGUUCACAAGCUCAGUGGUCUACCAGGGACUCAUCAUGCACAUGGGCCUUGCAGGAGACAAUAUCUACCUGGAUUUCUUCUACUCUGCCCUGGUUGAAUUCCCAGCUGCCAUCAUCAUCAUCCUCACCAUUGACCGCAUUGGUCGCCGUUAUCCCUGGGCAGCAGCCAAUAUGGUGGCAGGGGCAGCCUGUCUAGCCUCGGUAUUCAUCCCUGAUGAUCUACAGUGGCUAAAAAUUACUGUUGCCUGCUUGGGAAGAAUGGGGAUCACGAUGGCCUUUGAAAUGGUCUGCCUGGUCAAUGCUGAGCUGUACCCCACAUUCAUUAGGAAUCUCGGUGUCCUCGUCUGUUCUUCAAUGUGUGACAUUGGUGGCAUUAUCACGCCGUUCCUGGUCUACCGGUUCACUGGCAUCUGGCUUGAGCUCCCACUGGUGGUUUUUGCUGCAGUUGGCUUGGUUGCAGGUGGUCUGGUGCUGUUGCUACCAGAGACCAAAGGGAAGGCUUUGCCUGAGACCAUCGAGGAAGCUGAAAACAUACAAAGACCCAGAAAAAAUAAAGAAAAAAUGAUUUACCUCCAAGUUAAGAAAGCAGACAUUGCAUCAAACUAAGUGGAGAGCCCAUUGCUUCCACUGUGGUCUUGCUCUGAUGAUGUCAAAGCCGGGAGCAGAGAUUUCUUCACUCUCCACAAAACCCAUACGAUUCAGCCUUACUUACCCCUGUCAACCCAGAUUCACAGCCGAUGGAACUGUUGUGCCACUGUGUAAAAAUAUACCCACAGGACAAGAUCCUGCCAAGAUCUUCCAGCUCUCUCUGUUCUCAGCAUUCCUAGGACAAUGGCCAUUGGUUUUCUAGAGGGUUUUUUAGUCAUCUUUUUUUUUUUAUUUGCUUCUUCUCCCCACAAUGACAUCAAACCAGAAUACAUAGGGGAACUGUGGGUUAAAGAAACAGAAUAAAAAAGGUCUGAAAAAUAAUAAA